AUAUAUAUAUAUUUAUAUAAAUAUAUAUUUAUAUAUAUGAAUAUAUAUAUAUAUAUAUAUAAAGAGAUCUGAGCCGGUUCAGUUUUAUGCAUCAUGAUUGCAGCCGCAGCACCAGCCGCCGUCGCAGUGGCCAAAUGAAGAUUUUGUGAACAUGCACAGGGAGAGCACUUUACCUUUCACAGCGCUUAGUUCCCCAGAUGCUUUGGCCAAAAGAAAGAUGGAAGGAAAUUGGAAAAGCUUGAGCCAAGACUGCAGCACGGAACCCAUUCAGUGAGCCAGCAUAAGAUCCGUCCGUACGCCACGUCGCUGAAGCCCCUCUUCUUCCUUUUUAACCCCCCUUGAGCAUUGAGCAUCAUGACCUCUGAGCUGGGGAGCAGCCUAACCUCCAUGGACUGGCUUCCACAGCUCGGCAUGAGAGCAGCCAUCCAGAAGGCAGAUGUAGGACACCACCACGGUCAUCUUGGGCAUCACCACCACCACAUGCACCAUCAUGGACAUGGACCGGGGAAGAAGAUGGUGCAUCUGGAUCCAGGAACCACACUGGAUCAAGAAGAAGCUGCGCAGCACAGAGACGGCAAACCCCCUUAUAGCUACGCCAGCCUCAUCACCUUUGCCAUAAAUGGCUCCCCUCGGAAACGGAUGACGCUCAGUGAGAUCUAUCAGUGGAUCUGCGACAACUUUCCUUACUACAGAGAGGCGGGAAGUGGCUGGAAGAAUUCUAUCCGACACAACUUGUCGUUGAACAAGUGUUUUCUCAAAGUGCCUCGCUCCAAAGACGAUCCUGGUAAAGGCUCCUACUGGGCGAUAGACACCAACCCUAAAGAGGACUCAAUGCCCAGCAGGCCGAAGAAAAGACCACGCUCUGGAGAAAGGGCGUCGACCCCUUACAGUCUGGAGUCAGAGUCCCUAAGAAUGGACUGCAUCAUGUCAGGGGGAGCGUCCCCCACUCUGGCCAUCAGUGCAGCCAAUAACAAGGUCGCGCUGUAUAACCCAGAGGCAGAAGGCAGUGAGAGUCCUGGGAGUCUAGGUGGCAGCCUGAGCAACAGCCUUUCAGAGCAGAGCUUGGCGUCUGUCAGCCUUAACAGCCUGAACCCUGCUGUCAGCAGCGGCACCAAUGUACACAGCUACACACCAGUGAGCAGUCACUCAGAGCCUUCAUCCCAGUCCCUGAGCCUUCAGCAGUCAGGCCAGCCUCCCCCUCCACCCCUCCCUCCUCCACAGCCCCAGUAUGGUUUACCUGUCCCAGAAUCAAGGGACAAGCAGCUCUGUUUCUCCGAUUUUGAAGACCUCAGUGCUUCUUUCCGCAGUCUGUACAAGUGCGUCUUUGAGCAGUCCUUCUCCCAACAAGGUCUGAUGAGCAUGCCCAACGACUCUGGCCAGCAGACCCGAACAGCCUGUUCUUAUCAACACUCUCCCAGCGCGGGAGGCAGCGUUGGACACCACCACCAACACAACCACAUCCAGACGUCCCACCACCCUCACCUGUCCCCUCACAGGCACCAGGUUCAAGGGUCGCACGGACAACACCAGCAGCACCCCUCUCUCUCCCACCAGAGUCAUGCAGUUCAGACUCCAGGAAUGUCGUCCGACUGGUACCCGAACCUGGACUGGCUGAAAGAGAGCUGCCGCAUCGCAACUAGCUAUAACUGGGCUGAUGUCGAUCUCUCUCCGUUUCAAGGUCUGAAGGAGAGUAUGAGGCAGGCUGAGCUCAACAACUGGACCCUUGAUGCCACUCAGAUGGCAGACCUGUGUUCUUCAAUUAACCAGUUCUUCACAGCCACAGGGGUCAUCCCCCCUCAGAGUGCAACUCACCCACAAGCUCAGGUCCAACACCCAGCAGUACCGUCAGCGACACAACAUCCUACUCCAAUGCACCCGAAGCCCGGCCACCACAAUCACCAUGGGCAACACAACCAACACAUUGGGACAGUCAACAUGUACAUGGAUUCGAGACAGAACAUUUCUUCUUUGAUGGUCCCACCAGGAUACCCUCACAUGCCUCCAAUGAGCAACACGGCUCCCAGCAUGACAGGUCAUCACAGGCAGCUGAGCCAGCAGCAACACGCUCUGCCUCCUGGACACUUUCAGGUGAGACGCAUGCUCGCCGCUGACGAUAUCCAGGAUGACUUCGACUGGGACUCCAUUGUCUAAAAUGAACUGUGAGUCAAAACAGAAGAAAUGUUGUGGGUUUUGUAGUGGACAACCUCCUCUGUUCACCGAAGUGAAGAAACGGAAGACAAUCCAAAAAGAAAAAAAAAACUGGAAAGUACUUUUCUAAAAUUUUGUUGGCCUUUUUUUUUCUAAUACAAGUGGCUGAGGGGUCCAAAGACAAUCAUUAUAGAAAAAAAACACAAAACAACAGGACGGACUUUUAUGUGCUUGGCAGUGCCAAGAUGUAAACACGAUGUUUGAAGAGCCACAAGUCGCCAAAGUGUUGUCAAUCCUCUGUGAAUUCUCAUGUUUCUCAGAUAUUUUUUGCGCUAUAGGUUGUCAUUUUAAAGGUUAGACUUCUUGUAAAAAAAAAAAAAAAAAGUUAAUUUGAAGGUUAUUGA